AUGCUACCAGCAACCGCUGGCCUUCUCCUGGCUCUCGUGCCUACUGCCAUCGCUCUUACCCCCCCACCCGCAGACGGCAUGAACAUCAUCUGGUCAGAGACAUUCCAAGGCAAUGCCGGUUCACCACCUCGGCGUGACACCUGGGACGUGGCUCUGGCUAUCGACACAAACAACGAGGUCCAGACUUACACUGAAUCAUCCUGGAACGUCCAAAUAUCCGGUGGCGAAACUAUCCAGCUCAUCCCUCGCAGAUCAAGAAGCGGUGUUUGGACAUCUGCGCGCAUUGAAACCAAGGCGGCAUGGACCCCCCAGCCGGGCGGAAGGAUGAGGGUUCAGUCCAUGUUCAGGAUGGGCGAGAACGCGAACAAGCAGGGCAUGUGGCCCGCAUUCUGGAUGCUGGGUGACGCCGUCCGCAACGGUGUAGAAUGGCCCCUCUGCGGCGAGCUUGAUAUUUUCGAGCAAGUCAAUGGCCAACUCUCCGCGACGGGCACCGUUCACUGCCAGCAAGAGGUUGGCGGCAUCUGCAAUGAGCCAGCCGGUCGUGGCGUAGCCACUUCCAUCCCUGACAACGGCUGGCACACCUGGGCUUUGGAAUGGGACCGUACUUCCAACAACUGGGCCACGGAGACCAUCACAUGGACACGCGAUGGUGUCGUAUUCAGCCAACUGAGAGGUAGCGAUAUUGGGGAUGAGGGUAUUUGGGCCACGCUCGCUCACAUGCCCUAUUAUGUGCUCAUGAAUGUGGCAGUUGGCGGUAUAUUGCCGGGUCCUCCGACCGAGGCCACCCAGGAUGGCUAUGGUAGCAUGAUGGAGAUUGGAUAUCUUGCCGUCUACCAGUCGCCCUGA